UGAAUAGGCUGAGGAAGAGGUCAGGGCUCUGCAGAAGAAGAUGCAGCAGCUGGAAAAUGACUUUGACACUGCCCAGGAGUCUCUGCUGACAGCCAACAACAAGCUGGAAGAGAAGGACAAGGCCCUGCAAAAUUCAGGCUCUGUCCUGGACGUUUUGAAAAAGAAAAUGCGACAGAGUCGCGACGAGAUGGAGAAGUACCAAGAGGAAUCCGAAGAGAACUUCCGUCAAUGGAAUCUGGAGAAGAAACGGCGAGAAGAUGCUGAGGCUGAAGUCGCAGCGUUGAACAGGAGGAUCCAACUGCUUGAGGAAGACUUGGAGCGAUCUGAAGAGCGUCUCAACACUGCCACCACCAAGUUGGCCGAAGCUUCUCAAGCCGCUGAUGAAUCCGAACGGUUCGUUUCCACUUCUUGUUUCAAUUUUAUAAAUCAAAGUUUUUCGUUGGUGUGUGAUUCGAAAUUUCUUUCUACAUGCUGCUGUUCUCUGUGUGGGGAAAUUGGGAAACAUUUUGUGGGUUUCGGGUGGGAUGAUAGGAUACGUAAGGCCCUGGAAAAUCGCACCAACAUGGAAGACGACCGCCUUUCUAUUGUGGAAUCGCAGCUCGCACAAGCCAAAAUGAUCGCCGAAGAAGCUGACAAGAAAUACGAAGAGGUGUUGGAGAACCGGUCACUAUCUGAUGAAGAGCGAAUGGACGCACUUGAGAACCAGUUGAAGGAAGCUAGAUUCUUGGCCGAGGAGGCUGACAGGAAAUACGAUGAGGUCGCCAGGAAACUGGCCAUGGUUGAAGCUGAUCUUGAAAGAGCUGAAGAGCGUGCGGAAACUGGUGAAUCGAAAAUCGUGGAGCUCGAGGAAGAGUUGAGAGUCGUCGGUAACAACUUGAAGUCUCUGGAAGUGUCUGAGGAAAAGGCGAACCAACGUGAAGAGACCUACAAAGAGCAGAUCAAGACCUCGACCACGAGGCUCAAGCAGGCUGAAGCUCGUGCUGAAUUCGCUGAAAGGUCGGUGCAGAAACUGCAGAAGGAAGUCGACAGGCUCGAGGAUGAGCUGAUCCAAGAGAAGGAAAAAUACAAGGGCCUCUCGGACGAGUUGGACCAGACAUUCACGGAAUUGUCGGGCUAUUAGAAAAAACUUCUGCCGGAUAUUGGAGCGAAAGAAAGAAAGAAACAAAAAAGAAGAAAAAGGAACAAAAGUGGAUCGGAAAAAAAGAACACAUUUUUUUUUCUCUGUCCGUCGUCGCAAAUGUUGUGUUUGUGCUUCGGACGUCGACACUUGCGUCUCUUUUUUUUUCUCCCUCUCCUCUCGAUUUUCUUUUUUUAAAGCGCAAAUUCUUUGAUCAAUUUUUUUUUGCGUAUUUCGUGUCUCUUAGCUAAGCUGUGUAGGAUAUUUCUGUCCUUCUUUUAGCGCUCGUCAGCAGGUGGUCUAACAAUUUCUUAAACGUUUUAAGGGAGCAAAGCAAGAAACAAAUUCAUUUUUUUUCGUCCCCUCCCGCUUCUUUCAGCGCAUUUGUAUGAUUUUUUUUUUUGUGUAUGCGUGAAAUCUGUUUUUUUUUCUUAGAUAUUCUCCCGGUUUAUGUUUCGAAUGAGCGGCAUUAUUUAAUAGAGAAUCGGUUUUUAUUUAUUUAAUUCCUGCCAUGUCGUAAUUUAAAAGUUGGGAUGCGUGGAUUUUCCUUUUUGACCAAAAAAAAAAAGAAGAAAGGAGGCCUUUUUGGUGCAUUUGGAGAGUAUUUAUUCCCUGGAAAAAAAUAGAUGAAAAUUUAUAAUUCUAAGUCUUCUCUUCUGCUGCGGCUUUUGAUGGAUUCAGCACAAUUUUUUUUUUCUUUUCUGUCCUGCCAUGUAUGUCUUUCUUUUUCCCUGGUGGAAUCAGGUGCCUGCAGAAGCUCAUGUGAGUUCCUUGUAAUAAAAAAAAAGAAAGUGGAGGAAUAAAUGGAUGAAGUCAUUUGGUAAAA